GACAUCCGUACAUCAUCACCACACGCUUCUCCAACACAACAUCUGAACCUCACUCAAGAAGAUCAUCAAGCAUUUACAUCAGUCAUCACCAAACUCACAACAAAGAUGUCAGACCAAACAAACCCAAACACCGCAACACAAGCAACCCCUCUACCCCCAGUCCGCCUCAUAACAACAGGCCACACCAAAGACGGCACCUCAAUCUUCACAUCCGACGCCGUCCUCCCGCCAUUCCACCCCUUCGGUCCCCAAGCAAGCAGCUUCACAUCCUUCCACACAACUCCCAGCCUGCCCGCCUCCAACUUACCCAACACCCCUCCGCAAACCCUAUCAACAUCCCUCCCACGCGCACCAGCGGCGGGCACGUACUUUUGCCUCACAGAUUUCCCGCCGCGGUAUAAGGCGCCUAUGCACCGGACUCUCAGCGUCGACUAUGCGUGCGUGCUGGCUGGGGAGAUUGUGCUUAGGCUGGAUGGAGGGGAGGAGAAAGUUGUUAGGGCGGGAGAGGUUAUUGUGCAAGGUGGGGUGAAUCAUGAGUGGGUUAAUGCUUCGGAUGGGUUUACGAGGGUUUUGUUUGUUAUGGUUGGGGCUGAGGCUGUGGUGCUUGAUGAUGGGCGGCGAUUAGAGGAGACAGUUUUUAAGAAAUAGGUGUAGAAUUCGCGAGCAAUAGUGACGGUGCUGCAAAUGUAAACUCUAGAUCCGUUGAUAAUUGCUAUCUCUCAGCUACUUUUCUCAAAUUUAGGGUACCCCAGUAUCGUUUUCAACGGCUAAUGUGUCAUAUUCGCAGGCUCUCUUCCCUAUAUCUUUCCUCGUCAACAGUAUGCAGC